AGAAAAACAACGUGACAUAUAAAAUGAGUGAUGUUGUUUUCAAGGGUGUAAGUAAAGUAUGGAGUAGAAUUUUCGACCACAAAGGGUUUUUAUCUGGCGAAAUUUCAUUUAUACUACGAGAAUUUGAGGAAAAACGCAAAGACGAGGAAGUCGAUAAUUUAUUUAAAACUAUAGAAUGUAUUACUGAAAUCAAAGAUACGGAAAUCGAGCAAUUCAAGCAAGCAGGAAAGCAGUUAGAACAUAUCAAUGAAAGAUUAGAUCAGGUUUUGUGCUUAAGUGAUAAAUUUUGUGAAUUAGAAGAGAAAUACAAACAGGAUAACACGCUUGAAGAUAACAGAAAAGGGCGAAAAGUAGUAUGGGAUAAAUUUAUGGACGAAAUCACAACAAAAUACUCUGAUAUAAAUACAGAAUACGAGCGUAAAGAAGAAGAACUCGCAAAACCUUCUAAGAAACUAAAGGAAUACAUAAACGAUAUCAAAGUGUUUGACGAUUUACCGGAUGGGAUAAGCAAUAUUAUUUUCAGAAACAAACCAAAAAAACUGAACAAACCACCUCCUCCGAAAAUUCACCAACUUCUCAAAGAAGAAGAUGAAAAGUUCAUAAAAUCUGUAACAAAAGACAUCGAUACGAAAGCUAUCACCCAGUUGCCUUUGAAUAAAACUUCAACAGUGAACCCAAGCGAUAAAUUACUCAGUUUAGAAGAUAUACAUUGGAUUUAUAAUCAUAUACAAAAACAGAACCAAACUAACGAUAAAAUUUGGCUUCACGAGCUAUUGGAGGGGAGCGAUAUCGUUUUGCCCAAAAAUGAAGAAAUCCCUAGGAAUGAAGAGCUCGACAAGCGGUGUAAGAUACUGAAAGAACAGCAAGCCAACAGGGAUUAUUUUAAAAUGACAAAAAAUGUAGAUACUAGAAGGAGAGUUCUUCCUGAAGAUACUAUAGGAUACCAAUUGAAGCAAAUGAACAGGCAUCUUGUAGCAGUUUUCCAAUUCAUAAUGUCGGUGAUAGCAGGAUUUGUGUUUGGUUUUAUAGGCAUAGAACUGCUGAUAGGCAAUUUAGACUUUGGCUUCAGGCUUUUACUUGGUAUUAUUUGUGCAUUAACCAUAGCUCUGGCCGAGUUAUAUUUCUUAGCUAAGAAACUAAAUGAAGACUUGCAAAUUGAAUACACAUCAGAGAAACCUAAAACUUUAAAACUCGAUUAAAAUAUAUUUUUAAGCUGGUUUUUAAUGUUUACUUUUUGCUAAUAUUAUCAGGGGAUUUUAUUUUUACUUUUUCAUCUAUCUUCAUUUUUAUACAAUAGUAGUCUUGUAUUAGAAUCUUAGUUAUUCAUGUAUAUUUAAUAUAUUCUUUGAG